AUGGAAGAGGAGUUACACACGACAGAGGUAUUGACAGGGAAAGGAAAAGAAGGCAACGAGGGGGGAGAGAGUCAGGGAGUGAAGGGACCGAGGGAUAACAAGGAGAAGAAGGAGAGUGCGAGACAGACGACGUCGGCAAAUACAACGCCAAAGGCUAGAGGGAGACCGACGAAGGCAGUGGCCCAGAUAAAAGAGAGAGAGAGAGCAAUAAGCGAAGGAAGACUGCGGGAGUACCUGGAGAAGAAGAGAAAGGGACAAGAGGUGGAGUGCAGCGAGGAGGUAAAGGAGGAGAGGAAGCACAUGCUGAAGAGAAGUCAGAAGACCAGAAGGGCACCAACAAAAGAGGAGUUGAAAGAAGAGGAUAAAGAGAAAAACAGGACGGAAGGAGGAGAGGAAAAAGGCAUAGACACAGGAGACGAGGAAAAGAAAGAAGAGGAUAGGAUGGAGGAGAAGAGCGACAGGGAAGUACUACUGAGGAUUUGCGAGGAAUUAAGAGAGAUGAAGACAGAGGCGGCAAAAAACAGAGUAGAGGAGAAGAAAGAAAGAGAAGAGGAGAUGGAGACGUUGAAAAAAGAGAUAAAACGAAUAGAAGACAAAAGAGAACAAGAAGUGAAGGAGAUAAAAGAAAAGAUGGAGACAGUUAAGACGGUGUUCAAGGAGACAGUACAAAUGCUGGAGGAGAAAAUAAAAAACCUGGAAAGAGAGGUAGGGGACAGAAGAGUGGAGGAGGCAGUAGGAGAAGGGAAAAAGGAGGAAGUGACGAGCUGGAUGAGAACAUUGGAAAAGAAGAUAGAAGAAAGAAGAGAGGUGAACAAAGUGGUGGAAGAGAAAAGGUUAAGUGACAUUGAGGACAAAUUAGAGGCGAGAGAGAGGCUAGAUAGGAGAAAUAAUAUUAUAAUAAAGGGAUUAGAAUUAGAAAGGGGAGGAGAAGCCAGAGGUAAGGUGAAAGAGUUUCUCAGAAUGCAGUUCGGAGUAAAGGAGGAAGCGAUAGAAGGGGUAAAGGUGGUAGGAAGGGAAACGAGAAUGAUAUGGGUGAGAAUAAGGAGCAGAGAGGAGAAGGAAGAAAUAAUGAGUAAGAAGAGUAGGCUAGGAAAGGAGAUUUAUAUAGAGAACGAUCUGACAUGGAAGGAGAGGGUGUUGCAGAGGAAAAUAGGAGGAAUAGCAAGGGGGGGAAAGAGCAAAAGGGAAAAGAGUGAAAGUGGUAUACAGGGGAAUGAUAGUAGACGGGAAGAGAUACGAAUGGAGUGA